UGUUGAGAAUUGAUUAAGAUGUGAAAAUGAAGAAAUGUUAGUUUAUGGAAAUAUUUGUCCAAGGAAGUACAUUUAUUUGUUGUUUUAUUUUAUGUAGAAAGAUCUUUGUAAAAUAAAAAGGAGCAGUAAAUGCCGAUCUUAUAACGAAUUUAUUUGUAAUUAAAACCAUUCUUAUUUUAAAUACUGUGCCAGAAACAAACAAAUCUAGGUCUUUUUGGAUACUAACGUAAAGAGUGGUUAAAAUUUUAUACGGACAUGACCCCAUGGACAAAUAUGCAAUGCGGAAGAAAACUAUUAUGGCAGUUUUCAACUGGCUUUUGUUCAUCUUCCUAUUCGGUCUCUGUAUAGUGUACGUAACACCGAAGCCGCCGGCGGAAAAAUGUUUCAUUAUUGGCGAUGAAACCAAAUGUUUUAGUAAUGGAACGCCAUUCCAUGAAAUAAGUAGUUUGCCCGAAGAUCCAAGUGAAAUACCGACAACAUUCCGUUUGUAUGUUAGAGGUCACCAUCCUGAAAAAAUAUUCAAAUUCGGAAAUGAAAUAUCGCAGUAUAUACCGGAUAAAGAUACAAUUUACAAUGGUACGAAACAGACUGUGUUUAUUACCCAUGGUUGGCAUGGACGCGGGAACCAGGAUUGGAUUAUCAGGGCUAAAAACCAUAUCAUGGCUCUGACUAGGGCCAACGUUAUAACAAUUGACUGGAGAGCUGGCGCCGCAGGAUCUUACUAUCAAGCUGUUGCCAAUAGUCGCUUGGCAGGAGCGGCUACAGCUUAUGUAAUGAAAGUUCUGCACCAGACAUUUGGAACUAGUUACAGCAAUAUGCACAUGAUAGGCUGGAGUUUAGGGGCCCAUCUCGCCGGUUAUGCCGGCGAAGAGAUAAAAAAGUCUGACAAUUUGUUAGGAAGAAUUACAGGUUUGGACCCCGCAAGUUUAGGCUUUACAGGUGACGGGAAGAAACGUGUAAGACUUGAUAAAAGUGAUGCUUCCUUCGUAGAUGUCAUCCAUACGGACUGUGAUUCUGGAAAGGGAAUACGAGAAGCGAUUGGUCAUGCGGACUUUUAUCCUAACUACGGUGUACAUCAGCCGGGUUGCAAGGACAAACAUAUGUGCGAUCACGCCAGAGCGCCGGCGUACUUUGGUGAAUCUAUUAUACAUGCUUGCUCGUUUGAGUCAAACCCAUGCCCGUUAUCGAACAUUUUGGCUCGGUCGGGAUGUAAUGCAACAUGCACGAGCGGGUGUGCACGAAUGGGAUUUUAUGCAGGUUAUGAAGCAAUGCUCCCGAACGGAACAUUCUACCUCGAAACUAACGAAGCUGCACCAUUCUGUAUAAGCGUAUGACACAAUUUACAUGGUUGACAAUUUUAGAGCAACAUAUUUGAACUAAGGGGUAUUAAUGUCAGGACAACAUCAUCAAAAAAGCAUGCUUAAAUAUUGUUUGAGUGACAAUGUCUUUUUGUGUUUUAUAUCAACUUGUGAAGUACGUGAAAGAGGUGUUUCAGCUUUACGGACGGAAGAAAAUAAUAACACUAAAUUCACCCUAUUCACUGUCAUGAAGAAGGUAUCCUUUCCGUAUUUACGUAAUCUGCACAAAAUAAGUGCAAGAUUACGUUAACCCUUACCCUGCUAUAUUUCUAAAAUGGACUGGUCCAUCUUUCAAUUUGGACAGUACCACAUAUCAUUCAAAGGGGUUUUCACUGAAAAUUUACUGACUGAAUAGCGAACAGUGCAGACCAUGAUCAGACUGCACGGAUGUGCAGGCUGAUCUUGGUCUGCACUGGUCGCAAAGGCAGGAUCAUCUGCCGCCAGCAGGCUAAGGGUAAAGUUACAGUCUGCUGUUAUAUGUAUAUUAUAGUAUUUUCAAAACUUUUCAGUUUUAAGGUAACAUGUCACAACUUUCUUUUUCUCAGAAUGUUUGAAAGUAAAUCUCCUACUAUCCAAUAUUGGGUAGGCCUAAAUGAGAAGUCAGAUUUUUUUUGAAAGUAAUUAGUCACUUGCUGUUAAAUGAUCACUUAUAGAGUAUUAAUUCCUGUUCUACCAAGCUUUGUCCAUGGAAUAUUCAGAAAUUCACGACGUACAUGUUUCCCCGCUGGAUGGAAGUGUCAGUAAUUGUGUACUUGUAUGUUCUGCAUAAAAAUGAUUCUAUUGACUGCGUCAUCAAAUUGUCUUUUUAUCAAGCUAUGGUUAAAUCCCAGUACUUAGCAUAACAGGCCCCGUGUUCACAAAACAUUUUCAGUCUCAGCUGAGUUUGAUAAUGAAACUUCAUUUGUUAUUUAUAUCUAAAUAGCAUGUUUAAAAACUACAUUUUAAGUUAAUAACUAUUUCAAGUGCAUGACUAUUCAAUAUUGAUGGUCAGUUUAGUAAAAUUGAUAUUAAAAUUUCAAACUCAAACUCAGCUGAGACCAAAAAAUGUUUUGUGAACACAGGGUCAGGACUACGUACGCCUCUAAAUUUACGUUUGUGGCAAAUUCAGUCACACAGCAGACAAAUGUGUUUCAAAACGAUAAAAAAGAUUACUGAAUCAGUUCAAUUAAUUUUGAACAAAGUAGAAAGAAACUAUGUCACCAUCUUUAUUGCAUGCAGAUUUUAUCACGUUUUAUCAUUUACUGGAGUAUUUGAUGUCGUUUCUUUUUAAAUGACACGAUUUGAAUAUGGUCUUGUAAUGAAAUAAAAUAUCAUUAAAAUUGUA